AAGUCCCGCAGCGGCCCAAAAGUUCGGCCCGAUAGUCCUGAGCCUGGCCGCAUGCAGCUUCCAUGGAGCUAAAUGAGGGCUUUUUGGAAGAGCUCCUGGGACUUCUUGCAGAGCAGCACGCGGCGCUGGUUGGCCUGAUCCAAGAUCAUCGCGACCAGUUGCAAGAUGCCAGGAGAGAGCUGCCAGCGACCUGGCCUGGCCCAGGCGCGCAGCUCUGCGCAGUGGUCUCCCGCCCAGUUCCGCUGGACGAGAGCGCAGACCCGGUGCCAGAAAGCCCUUGGAAGACCGGUGAGCCGAGCCAAAGCCCGUCGCCGGACGUCCAGGCUGAGCACUGCUCCUAUGUGGCCCUAAAGAGCAAGAGCUCGGGCACCUUGAAGACAGUGAGCUUUGCAUCCGAAGGAUCGCAAGAAGCCAUGCACCUGCCAGUGCCAUCCUGUCGGGUCUCCGCCUCCAUUUCGACGAGUGUGAAGCCAGCCGACUUUCACCUCACGGAGCGUUCCGUCUCCGCCGCGGCGCUCUGGCGAAGGAAGAUGAGGAGCGUGCUGGACUUUGUGGCAGCAGGCAUGGUGGGGCUGAACUGCCUUCUGCUGAUGGUGGAGCUGGAAUUGGAGGGCCGCGCUGUGGGGGCGCGCCUGGGCACGGUGCAGGAAGCUAAUGACUUCGACACGCUAGUCGUCAAAUUUCAGGUGGUUGACAACGUUUUCAUCUUCAUUUUCACGGCCGAGCUGCUCGCCCGUAUCGGGUUGGAUUGGCCUGAUGGCUUCAGGGAUGUGGCGAAUUGGUUUGACUUCGGCCUGAUUCUUGCGGGCCUGGCGGACUGGGUGUUAAUGGCGCAUCGGAGGCAGGGCCCCUCAUCUACCAUGCGAGUGGUGCGCGCCCUCAAGUCCAUGCGUGCGCUUCGGCUCCUGCGGAGCUUCCGCUUUGUGCGGGGCCUGCGGCUCUUGGUGCAGGCGUGCCAGUGCUUCCUGCCGUCGCUUUGCUGGGCCAUGGUGCUUCUUGGGGUCUUCAUGUCCGUGGGAGCGCUGAUCCUCGGGAACCUCUUACUGGACUUCAGCGCUGACGAGGGCAAGCCGAUGGAAGACCGGCUCUUCAUCUGGGAUCGUUAUGGCACGACCUACCGGGCAAUGUACACCCUGUAUGAGAUCACGCUGUCAGGCAGCUGGCCUACCAAUGUACGGCCAGUUCUGACCAAGGUCAGCCACAGCUACGUGCUGUUUUUCUUGGUCUACAUCACCAUCGUCGUUUUUGCGAUCAUCCGUGUGAUCUCGGCGAUUUUUCUGAAAGAUACGCUUGAUGCAGCGCAGAGCGAUGCGGAGAACCUGGUGGUAGAGAGAUUGCGGAAGAAAGACGAGUAUGUCCAAAAGCUCGCGGGAGUAUUCCGCGCCAUCGACCGGUCCGGCGACGGCAUGAUCACAGAGGACAGGCUUUCAGAUAUGCUGUCCCACCCGAAGGUUGCCGCCUACUUUCAGACGCUGGACGUAGACGUGCAAGAGAGCAAGGCGUUGUUCCACAUCAUCGACAAUGGUGAUGGUGAGCUCACUCUGGACGAGUUCAUUGAUGGCAUCAUGCGCUGCAAAGGGCAGGCGCGCUCCAUCGACCUCCUCACCGUGCGUACUGAGCUCCGCGCCUUGGACACGAAGAUCGCGGAGGUGCUGCGCAAGCUGCAGAAGGUCCAGCGAAAGGCUGGCUGACAGGGCAGGGCUUGCAAGUCUCACUGGGGACACAGACAGAAUGGUUAGAGCUGACUCGUUUGAGUGGUGUCCCCAGUUUUUUGAGAUCAGGUCUGGCGCCGGAGGGUGCUAAUUGGUGCCAAUUGGUGCCCAGUUUUUCCUUUCAGAUCGAAAGGGCGCCGUCCUUGCGUCUCCGAGGGCAUGGCCCACGGAAGGGCCCCAAAUGUGUCGCUUGAGUUGGCGAACCCCAGAAGGCCUAUCGCAAGGCUUGGUCAAUGACUCCAGUGUCCAAACCGGAGCCCAACGUCAUGGGAAGAGUUUUGGUAUCCAGGCGGGUAGGUGCAAGUUGAUGGCAUACUUGCUCGUUUCCACCUUUCAUCGGGACCAUGGGA